AGGGGCGGCGCGCAGCGCCCGAUUUAAGGCGCGGAGCGGGGCGCGGCCGCUGCAGCGCGGAGAGCGGGAGGUGACGGAGCGGGGAUUGCGCGGACGCCGGCAUCAUGCGUGAGAUCGUGCACAUUCAGGCCGGGCAGUGUGGCAACCAGAUCGGCGCCAAGUUCUGGGAGGUCAUCAGUGAUGAGCACGGUAUCGAUCCUACCGGCAGCUACCAUGGGGACAGUGACCUGCAGCUGGAGAGGAUCAACGUGUACUACAAUGAAGCCACAGGUAACAAGUACGUUCCCCGUGCCAUCCUGGUUGACCUGGAGCCCGGCACAAUGGACUCGGUGCGCUCCGGCCCCUUCGGACAGAUCUUCCGNGCAGCGCGGAGAGCGGGAGGUGACGGAGCGGGGAUUGCCUUCUUGCACUGGUACACGGGCGAGGGCAUGGAUGAGAUGGAGUUCACGGAGGCGGAGAGCAACAUGAACGACCUGGUCUCAGAGUACCAGCAAUACCAGGAUGCCACUGCUGAUGAGCAGGGUGAAUUUGAAGAGGAAGGAGAGGAAGAUGAGGCUUAAGUUCCCUUUUGUCAGAAGAACUUCUCUAAAGCUGGCAUGUGUAUGGAAUGACUUUUGAUAGUAGUGGUAAAGCAUGUUCUUUAGAUGCUGUGUACCCAAUUAUCCUCUUUGCACUUGUAACUUUGACAGAUUUUAUCAAUGUAACAGUUCUGAAUCCCAAGUAAUUACAAUGUUUUUUUGUCCUUUAUAAUGUUAAGAGCACAUAAAGGCAUGCAUUCUAGAUUGUUUUCUGUCUUUCCUAACUCCUGCACUGGGCCAAGAACAGCUAUUAUUUGCCCCACUGGCUGAAUAAGUUUAAAGGCAUGUUAAGUAUAUUCUGAUCCACAGAGGCUUACAUAUUGUUAAUAUGGAUUCUUCUCAUGCAGAUAUCUUUGCUUUUUUCUUGCAGGACUCAUGCCUAACUUGAAUUAAAAAUGAAGUUGCUAAAGUUAUUAAAUAGCGCAAGGACAAAUACCUAUAACUUUACAGUUUACGUCACCGUAAGAAAUCUUCUACUUCUCUGUUGAACUCCUCUGCAAAACGGAGGUGUAGAUUAUGCUUUCCUUCUGGCAUCAGAUGCAACCUUGAAAGAGGGAGGGGAGGCGGGGGGAGAGGAAAAACCACAAUAUAUUGAAUAUGCAAUAUAUCCUGGGAGCACAGGUAAACAGUUUGUCCUUUUCCUUUGCUCUUGGUUACCCAAGUGAAAACAUUGAUGUAACACUGACGUACUGUUUCCAUGUCUGUGGAUCAGAAUGUCAACUACAUCAACAGUUGAAACAACAAACAUACUUCCUCCACUUUGGGACGGAUAAACUACGUUUUAAACAAAUUAUUGUCCCAGACCUAGUUCAAAAACCUUUUUAGUGGUCUGCAAAGACGCCACUGAAAUUCAAGCGAGUAGGAUACAGCUAAAUGUAUGUCAAGCACCUAAGCUGCUUUACCUCUUUCAGAGAACAGUGUCUGUGCUGGACAGAAUGUCCUGAACAGACUGGGUGGUGAAACUAAAUCUGUAGCUGCAGCAAACUUAAUUGGCAUUUGAGCUGUCUCUCAUUUUUCUGCAUAAAAACGAAUUCAGAACUAAUAUAAGCUAUCUUUCUAAAGUAAAAAGGGAAAUCUGUACUUCUGUGGCUGAAUUGUGACUUAAGCAACAAAAAGGUUUAGGAGAGUCUCUGAGUAGCCUACAUCUUUAGGCUGUUAACUGAGAGGUGAGAGAAGACUAAACUAAUUGCUGUUAUUUUCUAUCUGAGAAAAACUUUUAUGUAUGUACAUUUAAUACUUAUAUCACAUUGUGAAGCUCUUUGUUUUACAACUUGUAGCAGUUUCAAUAGCUGAAGACCACAUUGUCUGUUAAUUUGCUGUGCUGUCUUCGUACCAUUUAAAUCCUACUACAGCAAGGGCAAUAAUUCUUUUAGUGGUGAUCAAGUGAUGUUUAGUUUCAGGAAGAAAAGAGAACCAGUGUGAACAUAUCUAGUUCUUCCAGCACUUCUGUCUGAAUUUUAAUAAGAUUUUCUUCAAAGACAAAGCAAUAUACAGAUGUGCAAACAUCUAACAGCAGUCGUGAAUACCAUCCACAAUGGUAAACCUAAUAUUACCUAAUUCUAGCCAUGCAAGUACAGAAUAAUGGCACACAAUGUAUCUGCACUACAAAUAGCAAAUCCUUUUCUAAUUUACUAUUCAGAGAAAAAUCAAGGCAAGAAAAGGUGAUAUUCAAGUUAUUACUGAAAAUAUGCUGAAUUUAAAACUCUUCAUCUUGCUUUACAAUGAAAUAUCUCUAGUGCAACAAGAUAAAAAGAGGGUAAUGUGCCUAAGUAUUUUCUGUGUAUUUCUGAUAUUUAAUCAUUGGUUUAAUUUCUUUUUGGAUAAAUGCAUAUAUGGGAGAGCACUUCAGCACAAAGACACGUAAAGAACAGCUUUAUGUUUUACUGUUUGGUAACUUCUAACACUUUCUUCCCUGGUGGUCCUUCUGAAGAAGCUAUCUGAUCUUUGUCUAGUUUUUGUUAUGGCAUGCCUUAGCAUCUAGAGUGUUUUUCAGUGAAAUCUAAUGCAAUUAUAGGUGUUCUUAGCAGGGCAUCUGUGGGAGUAACUGACUGUCAAGCAUUUCAAAUAAAAGUCUGUAUGUGAUUAUUA